CUCGUGUGGACGAGGGCUAGGCUAGCCGCUAUACUUCGAAAAGUCUUCAAAAGACUGCGCUGGAGUGAUUUGAAUCAUGUAUGGAGACGGAGAGGGCACCGUUUGGGACCGGGUCGGGCGGCCCCGGAGGGACUGCAUGUGCUACCUUGGACCACCUUCUUUGAUGCCCAUCGGAAUGCGCAAGUCUCCUGACGUGAGCCCCAGACGGCUGUCGGACAUCAGCCCCCAACUCAGACAACUCAAGUACCUGGUGGUGGACGAGUCCAUCAAGGAGGACUUGAAGUCGUCCCGGUCGGUCGAAGACAUCAACAGUGCAUCGAUAGAGGAGCGAAUAUUGCGAAUCACCGGCUAUUAUGGAUACCAGCCUUGGAACGCAUUCUGCAAUGGUGAAGACCGCCCCAGGGACACCGUGGUGGGCGCCCCCGUCGACGGACAGCCGGCCGUUGCCGUGGCGGCGGGGGCGGAGCCGAGCGCCAGCAGCCGGCGGCGGCGGCUGCCGCGAUGCUGCGUGCGCGUCACCGCCGCUCAGCUGCAGAAGGCCCUGUGGGGCGUGGUCAUGGUGAUGUGCGUGUGCUCGUCAUGGGCGGGCUCCACCCAGCUGGCCAAGCUGACCUUCAGGCACUUCGACGCGCCCUUCACCCUCACCUGGUUCGCCACCAGCUGGAACUGCCUCUUCUUCCCGCUGUACUACAUCGGACACGUGGUCAAGAGCCCCGAGAGGCAGACCCCCCGGCAGAGGUUCAGGGAGUGCUGCCGGUUCUUCGGGGACGACGGGCUGACGCCCAAGGUGUUCUUCACCAAGGUGGCGCCGUUCGGUCUGCUGUGGAUCCUCACCAACUACCUGUACCUGCAGGCCCUGAGGAAGAUCAACACCACCGACGCCUCGGCACUCUUCUGCUGCAACAAGGCCUUCGUCUUCCUGCUGUCCUGGAUCGUCCUGCGGGACCGCUUCAUGGGAGUCAGGAUCGUGGCAGCCAUCUUGGCGAUCGCGGGCAUCGUGAUGAUGACGUACGCGGACGGCUUCCACAGCCACUCUGUCAUCGGCAUCACGCUGGUGGUGACCUCAGCCUCCAUGUCAGCACUCUACAAGGUGCUGUUUAAAAUGGUCCUGGGCAGUGCCAAGUUCGGAGAGGCGGCACUGUUCCUGACGGUGGUGGGCGGGGCCAACUUCGUGUUCAUCAGCUUCGUGCCGGUCAUCCUGUACUUCACGCACGUGGAGUACUUUGCCUCGCUGGGCGACAUCCCCUGGGCCUACCUGUGUGGCGUCGCAGGCCUGCUGUUUGCGUUCAACAUCCUGGUGAACUUUGGCAUCGCGGUCACAUAUCCAACACUAAUCUCACUGGGAAUCGUGCUCAGUGUCCCAGUGAACGCCUUGGUGGACCUGUACACGUGCGAGAUCCACUUCAACACGGUGCGCCUCAUCGCCGUCUUCAUCAUCUGCCUGGGCUUCCUCAUGCUGCUGCUCCCCGAGGACUGGGACAAGUGCAUCAUCCAGCUCAGCACCAGGCUGCGCAAACGCGACGAGCCAGCGGAGGGCAGCGGAGAGCCGGGCGCCGCCACCGGCCUCAACUGGAACCGCAGAGGAAGGACCUCCAUGUCCACGUUUGCACAUUGACUCGAUUUGAAGGA